AUGGAAAAUUGGAGAAAAGACCAAGGGAUCAGUAAUCAUCAAGUGGGUCAUUGGAGAUCUUCAUCUCAUAGCGAAAAACCACAUUUGGAUAACCAGAAUAUGAAUAUGCAUUCCAAUGUGAUGAACUGGGUAGACUAUGCUGUCAAAGAGGCAUUUGACGAUGAAAAAUUCAGGUUUUGGGCUGAGAACAACGGCUUUCCCGGCAACAUUCCAUUGCCCGAUCCCAACAUGUACGUUAACGAUCCACAUCACAAUCAAGAUUUGGAUAGAGAAGUAGAGGCAAGACAUAACAUGAAAAAAAGGGGACACGAGGAUUUGAUUAUCGAUAGUUCUCAUCGUUUGAAACAGUCCUUCACAGGACUUGGAUGGGGACUCGGACCUACUGGAUGGGAGGAUGAUAACAAAGGAGUAAUAAAAUCUCCCGAACCAAGUUAUGUUGCUGAAGGAUGGAGAUCAAAGGAGUACACUGGUGGUGAGUUGCAUGACAUGUAUCAAGCAGGAAAUAGUGGGAACAGAAAUUGGGGAACAUGGGAAGCAAAUAACAAAAGCACAGAAAAUAGCAUGCCAUGGUCUAAGAACGAUGCAUAUCAGCAUGAUAAUAUUGAGGAUAUAGGAUUUGUUAUUGAGGUGUUAUAG